UGGAGGAGCGCCUCUGGGAAUGGAGAUGGCAGGCGGAAUACUCCUCGAUCACCCCAGGCCGGUGGUAGCUGGUCCCCUGCAGGAAGGUGAGGUGCCGGAGGUCCCUCCUCCCCCUCUCGACAUCGAGGGGUCCCCGGCGUAUAGGAUCAGAACUAUUCUGGACUCAAGACGCCGGGUGAGGGGCCUGCAGUACCUCGUGGACUGGGAGGGGUACGGUCCGGAGGAGAGAUGCUGGGUACCGGUGGGGGACAUCUUGGAUCCGUCCCUGUUGAGGGACUUUCACCGCCUCCAUCCGGAGCGCCCUGCUCCUCGUCCUCCGGGUCGUCCUCGAGGCCGGAGUCGGCGCGCUGCGGGAGCCGCGCGUCGGGAGGGGGGUACUGUUACGAGUCCCGCCGAGGAUGGUGCCUCUUCCCGUUCGGGCGGCGCUCGGCGGUCGUCGUCUCCGGUCUACUAGCUGCCACCGAUCCCCUUUUCUGUUAUCCUUUUAGUUUGUCUAAUUUGUUUCACCUGUUGUAUGUUUAGAUUAGGGGUUAUUUAAACCCAGUUUGCCCGCUCCCUUUUGUGCGGGCUUGAUUUUCUGUUUCGUGUUUGUGGUGUGUAUUUUGUGGAUUUCGUCAUUCUAUUGAUGUUGGACAUUUUUUCUUUACGCGCCCAGUGUUUAAAGUGGCGUCACCGUUUUGUAGGUGAUUACGUGAAGGAAAUAAAUUCCACCUUUUGUAAGAGA